UCCACCCACCUAUUCUCAGCAGAUGAUCUUGAUUCACAGGGAAAGCAGAACUGCGCUUCCUGCCGCAGAAUCUCUUCACUGCAUCUGUGUCUGUCCUUGUCCCGUUCAAGGCCACUUGUCUUCCUGUGCUCUGGAGUCCUCCUCUUACCUUUUCAAGGAUCUUCCAUCUUCUUUUCGCACUGUAUUCUGUCACUCUACUUCGUCUGCUCCCAUGGCUUUGCUAAACACUUCCGAACUUCUAUUUCUAGCCCAGACUUCAUUUUGAGUGUGAUACAGGUAUACCCAGCUGCCCACUUGACGUCUCCACGUGGAUAUGUGACAGGUACCAAACUAAUAUGCCUGACAUGGAACUCAUGACUUUGAUCUGUGGUGAAGCUGCUUUUCCUGCACACUUCCCUCACUCAACAGAUGACACCACCAUUGCCCCUAAAAACUAUAAUGCCAGAGAUCUGGGAGUAUUUGAACAUCUUCUGUCUUCCUGCCACUCUACAUCCUUCCCCUUCCCCAUCUAGACAGUCACCAAGUGCUGUUUAUUCUGUUUCCCAAACACUUCUUUCCGCUUCUUUCUGCCCUCUGCCACCAGUACCUUAAGUCGUAGCUGGCAUCACCCCCACCGGCCCGAUGUGGUAGCCUCCUAAGUGGUCUCCCUACUUUCAUCUUGACCUCUCCCACGGUAUGUUCUAUGUUUCAUCCAGACUGAUUGCCUAAAAUCAGAUUUUUGAUCUUACUCCUCUGCUUUAAAUAACUUAAGCCUUUUUAUCAUCUAUCGGACUAGCAAGAAUUAAAAGACGGAUAAUAUUCAGUGUUGGUUAAUGUGGUUAGAAAUUGGUACAUUGAUGGAGAUGUGUGUUGGUGACACCAGUUCAAGGGAUGAUCAACCAGCCUUCACCCAGCCUUGCAAACAUACCUCUAGAUCUCUGUCCAGAGACAUGUUCACAUGCAUGUGCAAGCAGAGGCAUGUAUAGGAAUGCUGCUAGCAUCCAGUUUUUUGCCAUUAUGACCUAAAUGUCUGUUCAGAUGUAUGUGAUUAAAUGAACUUUGGUGCCUCCAUACUGUGGAACAUUAUGCCAUUGUUAUAAAAAAUGAGGUAGACGUAUGUGCACUAGCAAGGAAAGAGCUCCCAAGACCUACUGUUAAUGAAAACAACAAUUGCAGGAGUUUGAUCCUGUUUGUGUAAAAACUAAAAACAAAAACUAAAACUGUAUAUGUUUAUGUAAAUAUAUAUAAAUAAAUAGGAAUAUGGAUAUGGAAAAAAUAUGUCCCAGAGAUCAUAGUGGUUUUAUCUGGAGGAGGUUUGAAGUGAGGGAGAAGGUGGUGCCAAAAGACUCCUUUGCCUUUGUAUUAUUAUUCACAUUAUUUUAAUUUUUUAAUUUUUUUUUUUUAGAGAUGAAGAGAGAGAGAAAGAGAAAGAGAGAAAGUAGGGGAGGGGCAGAGAGAGAGGGAGACACAGAAUCCGAAGCAGGCUCCAGGCUCUGAGCUGUUAGCACAGAGCUCAAUGUGGGGCUCGAACUCCUGUACCGCGAGAUCAUGACCUGAGCCAAAGUCUGAUGCCCAACUGACUGAGCCACCCAGGCAGAUGAAGCAUAUUCUAUUGGCCCCGCUCCCUCCCAGCAGAGCUACCUUUCUAUGGAGAAAAUCAUUCAAGUGGCCAAGAUCUCUGCUGCUCAGGCUAUCCAUCCAGGAUAUGGUUUUCUUUCAGAAAACAUGGAAUUUGCCGAACUCUGCAAACAAGAAGGAAUUAUUUUUAUAGGUCCUCCUUCAUCUGCAAUUAGAGACAUGGGUAUAAAGAGCACAUCCAAAUCCAUAAUGGCUGCUGCGGGAGUGCCUGUUGUGGAGGGAUAUCAUGGAGAGGACCAGUCGGAUCGGUGUCUGAGGGAGCAUGCGGGGAGAAUAGGUUAUCCUGUCAUGAUUAAAGCCGUCCGUGGUGGAGGAGGAAAAGGAAUGAGGAUCGUUAGAUCUGAAGAAGAAUUUCAAGAGCAGUUAGAAUCAGCACGGAGAGAAGCUAAGAAGUCUUUCAAUGAUGAUGCUAUGCUGAUUGAGAAGUUUGUGGACACGCCAAGGCACGUAGAAGUCCAGGUGUUUGGUGACUACCAUGGCAAUGCUGUAUACUUGUUUGAAAGAGAUUGUAGUAUACAGAGGAGACAUCAGAAGAUCAUUGAGGAAGCCCCAGGGCCUGGUAUUAACUCUGAUGUAAGAAAAAAGCUUGGAGAAGCUGCAGUCAGAGCUGCUAAAGCUGUAAAUUAUGUUGGAGCAGGAACUGUGGAGUUUAUUAUGGACUCCAAGCACAAUUUCUACUUCAUGGAGAUGAAUACAAGGCUGCAAGUGGAACACCCUGUUACUGAGAUGAUCACAGGAACUGACUUGGUGGAGUGGCAGCUUAGGAUUGCAGCAGGAGAGAAGAUUCCUUUGAGCCAAGAAGAAAUAACCCUGCAGGGCCAUGCCUUUGAAGCUAGAAUAUAUGCAGAAGAUCCUGACAAUAAUUUCAUGCCUGGGGCUGGGCCUUUAGUGCAUCUCUCCACCCCUCAGGCAGACCUUUGCACCAGGAUUGAAACUGGAGUGCGCCAAGGAGAUGAAGUUUCAGUGCAUUAUGACCCCAUGAUUGCGAAAUUGGUUGUGUGGGCAGCAGAUCGCCAGGCGGCCUUAACGAAACUGAGGUACAGCCUUCGUCAGUACAACAUUGUCGGACUGCACACCAACAUUGACUUCCUUCUUAGCCUGUCUGGCCACCCAGAGUUUGAGGCUGGAAACGUACACACCGAUUUCAUCCCUCAACACCGCAAAGAACUGUUGCCCAUUCGGAAGGCCACAGCCAAAGAGCUUUUAUGCCAGGCAGCUGUGGGUCUCAUCCUCAAGGAGAAAGCUAUGUCUGAUGUUUUCAAAAUUCAGUCACAAGAUCGGUACUCCCCUUUUGCAUCCAGCAGUGGAAGAAGACUGAAUACCUGUUACACCAGAAACAUAACUCUCAGGGAUGGUAAAAAGAAUGUAGCCAUAGCUGUCACAUAUAACCUCGAUGGGUCAUAUAGCAUGCAGAUUCAAGAUAAAACUUUCCAAGUCCUUGGUGAUCUUUGUAAUGAGGGAGACUGCACUUACCUGAAAUGUUCUGUUAAUGGAGUUGCUAGUAAAACUAAGCUAAUUAUCCUGGAAAACACUAUUUACCUAUUUUCCAUGACGGGAAGUACUCAGAUUGACAUUCCAGUCCCCAAAUACUUGUCUUCAAUGAGCUCAGAUGGAACUCAGGAAGGUGCCAUAGCUCCUAUGACGGGUACCAUUGAAAAGGUAUUUGUGAAAGUCGGAGACAAAGUAAAAGCUGGAGAUUCUCUAAUGGUUAUGAUUGCCAUGAAAAUGGAGCUUACCAUAAAGGCCCCAAAGGACGGCACAAUCAAGAAAGUGUUCUACAAAGAAGGUUCUCAGGCCAACAGACAUGCUCCUUUAAUCGAGUUUGAGGAAGAGGAAUCGGACAAAAGAGAAGCAGAAUAAAUGCCAUCAAAGAAAUGUCCAAUUAAGCAGUA